GGACAGGGACGCAGGUCUUUGCAGUGACAGGCGGGCGCUCCUCGUUCCGUGUCCAGCUGCUGGACAAGCGAAAGAUUUUCACCGGAAAUCCAGCCUUUUGUGGCUGUCACGGUUUUACAGCUGGGGUUUGGUCCAGUAUGGCGGCAGACGGAUGGAAAUACUGAUGACAGUCCGAAAGAUCGCCUCGAUAUGUACGAUGGGCGCCAAUGCCUCAGCUUUGGAGAAGGAGAUUGGACCAGAACAGUUCCCCGUAAAUGAACACUACUUUGGUCUGGUUAAUUUUGGAAACACCUGCUACUGUAACUCAGUAUUGCAGGCUCUGUAUUUCUGCCGGCCGUUCCGGGAGAAAGUGCUGGCCUACAAGGUGCAGCCACGGCGCAAAGAGAGCCUGCUCACCUGCCUGGCAGAUCUCUUCAACAGCAUCGCUACUCAGAAGAAGAAAGUGGGAGUCAUCCCUCCUAAGAAGUUCAUCUCACGCCUGAGAAAGGAAAACGAGUUGUUCGACAACUACAUGCAGCAAGAUGCUCAUGAGUUUCUCAACUACCUGCUCAACACCAUCGCCGACCUGCUGCAGGAGGAGAAGAGCCAGGAGCGGCAGCAGAACGGCAAGGUGGUACAGAAUGGAGGAGGAGGAGGAGGAAGCGGGAGCCACACAGGAGAGGCAGAAUCAGCUGAGAAGAACCAGCAGACGUGGGUGCAUGAGAUCUUCCAGGGCACACUGACCAACGAGACACGCUGCCUCAACUGUGAAGCGGUAAGCAGUAAAGAUGAGGAUUUCUUGGAUCUUUCUGUGGAUGUGGAGCAGAACACAUCCAUCACACACUGUCUCAGGGGCUUCAGUAACACAGAGACGUUAUGCAGUGAAUACAAGUACUACUGUGAGCAGUGUCGGAGUAAGCAGGAGGCACAGAAAAGGAUGCGUGUGAAGAAAUUACCCAUGAUCCUCGCCCUGCACCUAAAGCGCUUUAAGUAUAUGGACCAGCUGCAUCGCUACACCAAACUGUCCUACCGUGUAGUCUUCCCUCUGGAGCUGAGGCUCUUCAAUACCUCCGGUGACGCCACCAACCCCGACCGUCUCUAUGACCUUGUGGCUGUGGUAGUGCACUGUGGGAGUGGUCCAAAUCGUGGUCAUUACAUCACUAUAGUGAAAAGUCAUGGCUUCUGGUUGCUGUUUGAUGAUGAUAUUGUAGAGAAAAUAGAUGCCCAGGCGAUAGAAGAGUUCUACGGGCUGACGUCUGACAUUUCCAAAAACUCAGAGUCAGGCUACAUCCUCUUUUACCAGUCCAGGGACUGAGCCAAUGGCAGUACGCAAAUGGGAUCGCUUUGGCUUUGUGAAAGUCAGGCUGAGGCAGAAGGCGGGGCUUGAGCUACGUAUGCCCUGACUUCAGACCCUCUCAGCCGAGCCCCGAGUCAUCCAGGUGAGCCUUUGCACUGGAGCAUCCAGCAAACAGAAGGCAGGAGCAGUUGAUUCCAGAGUGAUGUGAGUGGCACAGUCAUCUCCAUCCAAGCAUAAUGGAAGUUUGGAGGUUUUCAAUCAUCGGUCAUCCCACAGACACACACUCUCCAUCAGUAAGCUGAGUCACAAAGUAAAAAUAUUUCUGAUGGCAUACAGAUGGCAUAUGGAAAAGGUUAUGGUUUAUGUGAAACCAGUGACAUGGGGAGUUCUGAUAUUUUGGCAUUCAUUUUCUGCAUGACACUUUGCUUUAUGCUUUGUCAUGCAGGUGUGUACUGUAAAAGCUAAUGUUAUUUUGGCACAGAGCAGAUUAUGAUAACAUCUUGAAAAGGUUGUAGAUGCUCUCUUUCUCUAGACCUUCAUCUGCUGUGAAAACAGGCCACACUGUUUGGCCACUAGGUAUCCGACUAUUUAUGAUCAUCUCUUAUAACUAGAGUAGGUUUCACAAUAUCAUGUUAUAUGUGGCAAUAAUAUGAUGCACCUCUGCUCUAUCUCGGUGACCUGGUUUGGCUGGUUUAGAGUCAUAUUAUUUUACAAAUUGUUUUUCUCUGGAAAGACGUAAGAAAUCAUUCACAGGAUGUUCUUUGGAAAAGAAGCCUGUGGGUUGCCAGCGUGGAUCAGAGAGGAUCACGGGUACAGGCACAGUGCCGGUACUGUGGUUUAGUAAUAAGCUUGGUUUGAGUUUAGCUUUUGGGAUUGAGCCAUUUACAUUAAGACAAGCGAAUGCAGUGCUUUGAUUGUCAUGGAGUGCACACUUGGUGGAACACACACUACGGCAGUGUGCACUUUGUAGAUUGUAAUGUAAAACUUGGAUUUAGUAAUGGUACACUUGGAUACAAAGGCAUCACUUGAUUAUUUAUUGCUAUUGCUGAAUAGUCCUGUGUUGAUGAUUCAUUUCAGUGAGAGAGUUUGUUUCUCAAGGGAUCCAGACUUCGCAUUUAAAGACCUGGGUAAUUCAUGGCUUUAAAUGAGUAGCUAGAAUCUUGUACUGAUUAUCUCCAAGCCACAGUUCUCCCCUUCUCUUUGUACUCAGUAAAUAUUUAACUGGAUGUCUGUGGAGAAAGGAAGUGAAGCAAAGCAUUGCAGGUCAUUUUUUAUGGUGUGACCAGAAACAUGUUCCCAGAGCAGUCAGACCAAAUGUUGUUCUGAAAACGCAAAAGUGAAGAGUUAUGGGUCGUCAGAACAGCUAAAUUCCCCACAACAAACCAUGUCUGGAUUUCACAAAAUCAUUGAAGUGCAAAGAACAGUGUAGUCAUGUGACAAUAUGAGCUGUUUUUAAUGCUCAUGUGCAUUUGCAGUAAUCCCAGUUUGAGAUCAUUGUAGCAUAGAUACAUUUGGUAAAUGUAGCUCCUGGUUGUUGUGGAGUUGUUUUUUGUUUUUUGCAGCUUUGCUAGUAAACAUGUCCAGUUGCUGACAUUAAGGGGGUGUCGGAGGCGAGUGCUGUUCCAUUCUGCUGGUUCCCAGCUGAUUAAUCGGCUCCGUGAGCCGACCUGUGGAUUAUAAACAUGUCUACAGGAACAUGCACAUACCAGACUUUUCAAAGAGUUGUUAAUCUUCCACUGACUGAGAAAGGCACAAAUGCCCUCAUAACAACCUUACAGCUUAAUAGCAUGUUUUAAUUUACUUCCCCAGUCCAUUGUUUGUUCAUUCAGACCUCUUCCCUGCACAUUAAUAUUGGCUCAGUGUGUGUUGUCACUGAGAUAUGGGCUCCAGGAGAAUUUCAAUGAACACAAUUGUUUCUCAUUGCUUCUCAUUUCACUUUUUCCUUUCGGACUACUUUCCUGUGAGGGUUAAAAACUGACUGUGCUGCUGUCUAAAUUCCACGUAUCAUAUAGAAAUAUGUAUUACAGCUGUUAUAAAGCUUGUAUAAAUGUUAUAAAUGGAUAGUAAGAACAGAAAUUUUGCAGAUGUUGUUGCCACACUUUAAAGGAAUAUUCCAGUGUUUUUCAAAACCCAGUACCUAUCAUAUAUGUGCGAUUAACAUGGACAAGAACUCUUGACACGUUUCUCUGUACUGAGAAAUAAAAAUCAAACCUGUUUUAUGAAACUAAUUUCUAUUGGAAGUCUAAGGGCAGUUAUUCCAGAAAUCUUUGUUAAUUUCUCACUUCUUGUCUGUAGUAAAUGCACAUGCACUGCAUAUCUAGGGAGAUUGGGGGGGGGAAACACUGCGAAAUGCCUUUAAGGCAUGUGCAAUUACGUACACUGACGUAAGGUGAAAUGCCGUAUUUAUAACAUUUUAUACUUCUUUUAUAGCAGUCUUAAUUGAUCUAUUAACAUUGAAACUGCUAAUGCAGUAACUGAAUAUUUUAUAUCUCCAAUUUAAGUAAACAGAGGAAUGGAAAGAGGAUGAGGCUGAAAGUCUUUUGUCUAGUUCAUAAUUUAUAUAAAACUCUAGGUUUAUAUUUUCUUAUAUAUGUUUCGCUAAUUAUUCUUUCAUACGGAAUGCCACUGGUGCCGUGGACUUGAGGAAAUUGUUGCUACAGAAAUGUAUGAUUAGAAAUGUAUGAUUCUUUUCAGAAAUGCUGUUACCUGCAUCCCUAUGAUUGUUUUGUUUAAUGACACAUCUAAGCACUGAUCAUAGUAAAUGAAUGUUGAUUUAGAUUUUGCUUUAAAAGCCAGAUUGCAAAUGUCAAGCGCAAGCCUGUGUAAUGCAGCACCGGAGUUCUGUGAGUCAUGUGACCGCCCACACCCCAAACCACUGCCCGUCAAUGUUGCACUUUUGACAAUGUACAGAUUGUAAAAAAAAAAAAAUGGUUAAAGACUGAGAUUUGAAGUGUAUGGACUAAAUGAAAGAUGGUGUUGGUUCCCAAUAAAAGCAAAAAAAAAAAAGACAUCAA